UAUUUUCUUGUUUUCAAUACAAUAUCGUUUAAUAACUUUAUAUAAUUCAUUUCAUAAUAAUAUGUAUUUUACAAUAUCUGAUAUAGCAGACUAGAAGUGAUCUGUAUUCAAUGCUAGAAUUGUAUUCAAUGCUGGAAUUACAUUCAACAAUCCCUAUUUAUAAAAAAUAUUUAAAUCGCAAAUGAACAACUUUUACUAUAUAUAAUAAUAAUAAUAAUAAUACUAUUCUAUUAAUUUAAUAAAGAAAAAUAUUUUGUAUAGGCGAUCAAGAAAUUUGAUUCUUUCUUCAAUAUGAUAAAGAAUUAUUUCUGUAUUUUCAUUGCAUGUCUCUAUUUUUCGUGGACAGUUUUUGCUUCAGAUUUAACUGAAAAUAUUUUUCUACGUUUAUAUAAAAGGAAUGGCUUAUAUAUUGAUGAAAAUAUAAGAAAUGCUAAUCUAUUGAUAUCUCAUAUAGAAAAAAAUAACAAAAUAGUAAUCUUCAUUAGUGGUUGGAAUGAAGACAUUAAUUUUGAAGAUGUGCAAUUAAUAACGAGUGCAUAUUUGGAAAAUACACAAGACAAUGUUCUUGCACUCGAUUAUCGAAAUGUUAGUAAAGAAUUUUAUAUAUUUGCCGUACAACACUUAUAUGAAGUUGGAAAAUCUGUAGCUGCCGCUUUGGAUAAUAUGAUAGAAAAUGGCAUAAACUCAAAAAAUAUACAUAUAAUUGGACACUCAUUGGGAUCUCAGCUUUCGGGGAUUAUAGGGCGCAAUAUGAAUUAUAAAAUUGGCAGAAUAACAGGUUUGGAUCCUGCUGGUCCUGGAUAUUACAUAUUCAAUUCUCAUUUAAGUGCUUCUGAUGCCGAAUUCGUAGACGUUAUUCACACUGAUAUGGGUAUCUAUGGUCUAGCUCUGAAAAUUGGUCAUGUGGAUUUUUUUCCUAAUUAUGGUCAUAGAUCACAACCAGGUUGCCUGCUAUCAAAUGAUGAUUUUUGCAGUCAUCACAGAUCUUAUAAAUUUUAUGCGGAAUCAGUUAAAAACCAUAAUAUCUUCAUUGGAAAGUGUCAUUCAUUAAAUGAAUGUGAUGGCGUUGAAUAUAUUCCAAUGGGAUAUGCUACACCGAGCAAUGCGACUGGUAAUUAUUAUCUCAUAACGAAUUCAAAGACACUUUUCGGCCGAGGCUUAACAGGAGCAACUUUUAAUCCACUAAGAAUUGUUCCUGUAUUAUAAAUUGACUAUAUUUAUUAUAAUUUAAUUAAAAAUUCUUUAAUUUCAAGUAUUUAUAAUUCUGUAUCUCAAUAUUCAUGCAAAAUAAAUGAUUAUUUUAAUUAA